AUGAAACUCAUUCUGUGGAAAGACAAAAAAGAUGUUUCGAUGAUAUCCACAAGACCUACUCAUUCAGCAGUAAUGGUGCAUACUGGAAAAACAAAUUUUCAAAAUGAGUCAUUUACGAAGCCGCAAGCUGUGUUAGAUUAUAACAAAGGAAGACAAGGUACUAAUCUAUCUGACCAACCAACAGCAUAUUAUAAAUGUCGCAGUGGAUCUAUAAAAUGGUAUCGAAAGGUGGUAUUUGAAUUGAUUUUUAGAACGGCUAUAGUGAACAGUUAUCUGGUACAUAAGGAACAAUAUUCAGCAAGUAAUAUGACGAUUCUGAAGUUUCGUGAAAGCCUUGUGAGAUCGUUACUGCUCGGCAUGCCAUUUGGGCAGCUGAAACCAAGCCCAAGAUAA